UUCAGUUUUCUCGGCUUCCUUCUCUCUUUGUAUUCUCUACUCAACUCAAUACUCUUCUCUCUUUCUCUUUCUCUCUUUCAGGGUAUAAUUUCCGCGCCGGCGAUAUCAAGCCGUAAAGUCUCAUCGUCGAUUUCUAUCAUACUUGCUUCUUCCGCUUAUUCUGCCCCCGAAAACUCAAUAGGUAUACUAACAAAAUGAUAGGAUCGUUUAUUACCCGGGCACUUGUAAUGGCUUUUGGCUAUGCCUACCCAGCCUAUGAAUGCUAUAAAGCAGUUGAGAAGAAUAAACCAGAAAUUGAGCAACUUCGCUUUUGGUGCCAAUAUUGGAUUUUGGUCGCUCUUUUGACAGUUUUUGAGAGAAUUGGUGAUACUUUUAUAUCAUGGGUCCCAAUGUACAGUGAAGCUAAGUUGGCGUUUUUCAUAUACCUGUGGUACCCUAAAACAAAGGGGACAACAUAUGUAUAUGAUUCCUUCUUUAGACCAUAUGUUGCAAAGCAUGAGUCAGAAAUCGAUCGCAACUUGUCAGAACUAAAGACAAGGGCUGGAGAUGUAGCAGUUUUGUAUUGGCAAAGAGCUGCUAGUUACGGCCAGACUAGAAUAGUUGACAUUUUGCAGUAUGUUGCUGCGCAAUCAACGCCAGCACCUCCUCCUGCUCAGCAACGACCAGGUGCAAGGGUCCGUCAAACUGCACCAGCUAAUCAUCAACCAGCUGCUGCAACAGAAAUACAGGCUGAGGAUCCUCCUUCUCCUACUUCCCGAUCAUCUUUAAGUCAGCAACAGAAGGAAGUAGCAGAGAUGAGUUCUUCACAAGUGCCUAAAGCCGUUUUAUCUGCAGCAGGCAUAAGUACCCAGAAUCCUACGCCCCAGUUGAUCAACCAAUCAGCAGCACCUGCAGAGACAGAGCCAAUGCAGAUUAAUGCAGCAAAUGAAAGUGAGAACCCCUCUACAGAAGAGACAGUAAUGGAAGAAAGCAUUAGGGUUACACGUGGCAGAUUAAGAAAAAAUCGAUCAACUGCAAUGCCUUAAGUCAGUAAAAUUUCAAUUGUCAGGGUUGGUGGACAAAGAUUGGCGUCAACUUCUUGUAAAAAACUCUGUAAAAAGGCAUACUUAGAUUAAAAUUUCAUUUCUUGCUUUAUUUUUCAUUUUGUUUUGGCAUGAAAGACUUGGUAACUUGAUGCCACUUCAUAUGAACUCAGAUUCCCAAUCCCAAGGAAUAUUGCAUCAGCUGCUUUGAAUAGUUGACCUUAUCCUUAAGAGGGGGAAUAUGUUAACACUUACAUGGAAGGCACAUUUGAUGAAGGAUAAUUUGUCCCAUGGCAGUUUGACAUUUUUUAAUAGAUGUAUUUCACCUUA